UUCAAAAUUCAACGAUCUUUUAUGAAGUUUCCUCCCCAAUGUUCCUUCUUGUAUUCUCAGAAUAAUAUUUUGUAUUUAGUAAAAACCAUCGUUAUUUAUACAACCUAACUAAUUAAAUAAGUACUUGCGAUUGUAUUGUGUAGUAAAGAAAAUGGCCCAGUUCAAUUAUUUGAACGAGCUCAACAGUUUAGCCACAAUUGAUGGGCCUUUAACCCGAGGUCCUCUCCAACGAUGGGCUAAGAAAACUAACAAUGAAAAUCAUAAUCCUUCACUGAGUGCAUCACAUAAAAAUAUAUCUAAUGCAAACAUCAGCUCUUGCAAUCAGUCUAUGCAAAAGCUGUCCUUAUCGGCCAAUCAGAGCUGUAACAAUAGUGUGUUAUCCAGCAAUAAAACUCCUACAAGAAAUGAGAACAAAAAGGGCAAGAAAACACCGUCAAAGAACAAAUCACCAGGACGAUCAACAACACCUACUCCGAACAAAGCAUCUAAGACACCAAACAAAGCAGACAGAUUUAUACCAUCUAGGAGUAAUUCAAAUUAUGACCUGUGCCAUUAUAUGAUGAGCCGUGAUGAUGACAAAGGUGAAGAAGUAGUAGCUCAAACUGCAGCUGGAGAAGCUAUAGGGCGAGCACUUACUGACACAGAGCCUGGAAGACUGCUACAGUACACUUGUAAAGCCCCCGCAGCACCAGAGGGCUAUCAAAAUAGACUAAGGGUUGUGUAUUCACAGGCAAAAGUUCCAUCUUCAGUUAAGAAUACAACUAGAUAUAUACCACAAGCUCCUGACAGAAUUCUUGAUGCACCUGAUAUUCUGGAUGAUUACUAUCUCAACUUAGUUGACUGGAGUGCAUCAAACAUUUUGGCAGUAGCUUUAAAUAACACUGUAUACUUGUGGAAUGCUAUGACGGGACAAAUAGAACAAUUGUUAACUCUAGAAAGUUCAGAGAAUGUGUGCUCUGUGUCAUGGGUGCAAGGUGGCGGCUCACACUUGGCUGUUGGUACCUCAUCAGCAACUGUUGAGUUAUGGGAUUGUGAACGAAUUAAAAGGCUGAGGGUAAUGGAUGGGCACACUGGUCGAGUGGGAUCGCUGGCUUGGAACCUGCACGUUGUAUCGAGCGGCUCACGCGACGGGAAUAUAGUCCACCAUGACGUGCGCCAGCGCGACCACGCUGUCGCCACAGUCCGAGCACACACGCACGAGAUCUGUGGCCUAAAAUGGUCGCCUGAUGGUAGGUACCUUGCUUCGGGCGGCAAUGACAAUCUACUGAAUAUUUGGCCUAUUGCUCAAGGACAACAUUACUCUCAACCACAAUAUCUGUAUUCAUUCAAUCAACAUUUAGCGGCAGUCAAAGGAAUAGCUUGGUGUCCUUGGAGCUCAGGCAUUCUAGCGUCUGGAGGAGGCACAGCGGACAGAACUAUACGCAUUUGGAAUGUGAAUACUGGGGCCAAUCUCAACACUGUAGAUACAAAAUCACAGGUGUGUUCAAUUCUGUGGAGCACGCAUUAUAAAGAAUUAAUAUCGGGUCACGGAUAUGCCAACAAUCAGCUAGUUAUAUGGAAAUACCCGCUGAUGUCUCGUGUGGCGGAACUCACCGGCCACGUGGCACGCGUGCUGCAUCUCGCGCUGUCGCCCGAUGGAGUCACGGUAGUGUCGGCUGGCGCAGACGAGACUUUGCGACUUUGGAAAUGCUUUAUGUUGGAUCCAUCAAAGAAGAAAGAACCCACAGAUACAAAAGCUGCAAAAUCAAUACUUAAUAUGAACUCUCUUAUUAGAUAAGUUAGUGUAAUAGUGCCAUAAACUUGACUGAACAAUCUAGUAUUAUGAUUGAAAAUUGUGAUCAAUUAGAUAAUUCUAUAACUAUUGUUUUAGCAGAUAUGCUCUAAACAACUUUACUGUUGGUUUAAUUUCUAUAUUCUCUUAAUCUUUAUUGUUAACCCACCCAAGCAUGCUACUAUGAUUUAUUUUUAAAUCAAGAAUUAUUUCUAAGUACAUUUUGAUUGUUUUAAUCUAAUUUCUUUUAUUUGACUUAAGAUAUUUGUCAUCGUUUUUCGAACAUGUUUUGACAAAAAUAGUGAAGUUGAGGUCGUCAAAUGUGCCGCGAGCUUUUCUUCUUUCUAUUUUCAUGUAUCUAAUUUAUCUUCUCUUCUAACUUUCACUUCACUUUAAUAUAAAAACAUUUAAUUACCUCUGCUUCCUUAUUUUAUGACCUUUAUAGAAGUAUUAUGUGACUCAUAUCUUGUUUUGUUUUGUGUACUUUACCCUUUAAAUAUGAACUGAUGUAUAAUCUUAUUUUGAUGAAUUAUUGUAAUUUAAUUUGAAUUAAU